UUUUUCACUCCAUGUACUGAUUUCCUUUUUUCCAAUUUUUGAUUCCUCCAAUCCCCUACACACCAUCCUCUCUUCCUCUCCUCCCACCCCACACACACACAGAGAGAGAGAGAGAGAGAGAGAGAGAAUUCCAUACCUGUUACUGGCAAGAGAACGACAGGCUGUAGCUGCCUAACACUGUAGUUACUGCAGAACCAUGCAGCAGCAGCAGGAAGGAGGGUCACAAUUCGGGGGGCCUUCCUCGGAGACGGCCGGUCACAGAGUUGGCGCCUUCCUCCAGCCGCCGCCGCUGUUGGCGGAGGCCGCUUCCCCCAUCAGCAGUCGUCGCCCGCCGCCGGAGGACGCUGCCGCCGAUUUCGACGAGAUGGGUCCCGCGGUGGCCGGCGGCGGCUUCCCGGACGAGGAUGCCGAGCGCGGCGGCGCGCCCGGUAACCGCUGGCCGAGGCAGGAGACGCUGGCGCUGCUGAAGAUCCGCUCCGAGAUGGACGCCGCAUUCCGCGAUGCCACCAUUAAGGGCCCUCUGUGGGAAGAAGUCUCCAGGAAGCUGGCGGAGUUGGGCUACGAGAGGAGCGCCAAGAAGUGCAAGGAGAAGUUCGAGAACGUGCACAAGUACUACAAGCGCAAGAAGGAUGGCCGGGCUGGCCGCCAGGACGGCAAGACCUACCGCUUCUACAGCGAGCUCGAGGCCCUCCAUAGCACCGGCAGGGGAGGCGCCACCACGCCGGCUGCGAUCGCCGCACGUCCCCUAGCUGCUGCCACGUCGUCCCCCUUUAGCUUCACCACCGGAAUGGCGGGCCCCUCGGGUACUAGAAUUCAAGUCUCGCCCAUCUCCGGCGGAGCUCCACCGCCCGUGACCAUGCCGACCAGUGUCGUCCCCGAGCACGGCGCACAAGGAGUCUCGAGCUCUGCUGCCGCUGCAGCUGCAGCCGGGCUCGGCUUCUCGUCGAAUUCUUCAUCCUCUUCGUCGUCGGAGUCGGACGACGCGGACACCGAAGAGGCUGGUGGGGUCGGGAAAGGACGCAAGAGAAAGCAUCGAGGGAGCGCUCGUUAUAGGCGGCAGAUGAUGGCCUUCUUCGAAGGGCUGAUGAAGCAGGUGAUGGAGCGGCAGGAGGCCAUGCAGCAGCGUUUCUUGGACGCGAUCGACAAAAGAGAGCAGGACCGGAUGAAACGAGAGGAGGCGUGGCGGCUGCAGGAGAUGUCGCGGCUCAGCCGGGAGCAGGAGCUGCUGGUCCAAGAGCGCUCCAUGGCGGCGUCCCGAGACAGCGCAGUCGUCUCCUAUCUUCAAAAGAUCAGCGGUCAAUCCAUCCCAUUGGCCGCCGCCGCCUCCAUCGCACCCCGUCCUCCACAGCCGUCGCACACUCUGCCGCCACCAACCCUGCCGCAACAAGCUCAGCCACCUCAGCAGCAACGUGAUGCUCAGCAGUCAUCGGCGACACAGAUGGCGCCGAUCAGUUCAGAGGCUCAGGAGGGUCAAGGCAGCGGGAGCUUCGAGCCGACGUCGUCCUCGAGGUGGCCAAAGGCGGAGGUCCAUGCGCUCAUCGAUCUACGGAGCAGCCUCGAGUCGAGUUACCAGGACUCCGGCCCUAAGGGUCCCCUCUGGGAGGAGAUCUCCACGGGAAUGCAGCGGCUCGGGUACAACCGGAGUGCCAAGAGAUGCAAGGAGAAGUGGGAGAACAUCAACAAGUACUUCAAGAAGGUGAAGGAGGGCAACAGGAAGCGGCCGGAGGACUCCAAGACUUGUCCUUACUUCCACCAAUUGGACGCACUCUAUCGCAAGAAACUGCUCGGCAGUAGCGGCGGCGGCACUAGCAGUAGCAGUGUGGGAGUCAAACCACAGCAGGAGCCAAUCUCACAAGAACAGCACCAACAGCGGCCUGCAACGAAGACCCCGGGCGACAGUGGCAACGAUAACGGAAACAGUAAUGGUGGGAAUGCUGAGGCCGGUGAAGGUCGCGAUGGUGCACAAGUGCAAACGAGCGAAGGAGGACAUCGGCCCACCUUCUUUGAAGAAGCGAUGAAGAAGCCAGAAGACAUCGUGAAGGAGCCGAUGGAGCGAAGGCAACGUCAACCGGUGAUGGAUGACCCUGAUAAGGUGGACGAGCCCGACAGCAAUAACUUGCACGAAGAUGAGGAGGACGACGACGACAAUGAGGACGACGAGGACAGCAAGAUGCAGUACGAGAUACAGUUCCAGAGGCAGAGCGUGAGCGGCGGCGGCGGCGGCGGGAACGCAUCGACGACGGCAUCGGCAGCAGCGACUACUGCAGCAGGUUCCUUCUUGGCCGUGGUUCAGUAGAUUUGGUAUCUUAGCCCUCUCAAUUCCUCCUUCCUCUCGGUGCAUACAUUCUGUCACCAACGCAACAUCCACGUCCAAAUCCUACCUUGUCCCAUGCGUGCAUCUUCGUCUCUCACGUCACAUACAUUUACCUCCUCCUACACCUUCAUCGUUACCUGAGUGGCAUCAUAGGUGUAACACAACAUAACAGACAUAUAUGGGCGAUGACGCUCACGGUGUCGUCAUAUUUAUUGAUCUGUCGCGGAAUAAGAAAGGACAUGGGUCGAAUAAGCUCGCGCACA